AGGAACAGCCCCCAAGACCUGAGUUCAAGACCAAGCCUGGCACAAAAAGAAAAAAACCUCUCUAAACAAAUAUACAGUGUUGGUGAGCCGACCAGGGUGCCCUCCCCCAGAAUGUUCCUGACUGACAUUUGUCUUCUUCCUUCUGUGACAAGGUGGACAAUGAGUAUCACAGACGUCCUUAGUGCUGAUGACAUUGCAGCGGCCCUGCAAGAAUGCCAAGACCCAGAUACUUUUGAACCCCAGAAAUUCUUCCAAACAUCAGGCCUGUCCAAGAUGUCAGCCAGCCAGGUGAAAGAUGUCUUCCGGUUCAUAGACAACGACCAGAGUGGAUUCCUGGAUGAAGAAGAGCUUAAGUUUUUCCUGCAGAAAUUUGAGAGCGGAGCCAGGGAGCUGACUGAGUCGGAAACCAAAUCGCUGCUGGCCGCUGCGGACAGCGAUGGGGACGGGAAGAUCGGGGCCGAAGAAUUCCAGGAAAUGGUGCAUGCUUAAGGAGCCCUGCGUCUAUGGAGGAAAGCAAGGCCUCUAAACACCCUGAGAAUGGGGAACCUCCCACCACCUACCCCAAACUAAUUUAUGAACUCCCCCUGAGAUACUUCCACAAUUUGGCCAUCAUUUGAAUAAGGAAAUAAGAGAAAUCUAAGGCUUUUCUGGUGGCGGGUCUGUGCUGAUGGCUUCUCUUCAGCGCCCCCUGCAGGCAAUGCCUCAAAAGUCACCCAAUAAAGACAGUUUCUCAUCA